CGCGAAGGUACUCACGCGCUCGUAGGGGUACGCGCACGUACGCGGCGGCGGGUACUGGAUCGAGAAACGGGAGGAUGGAGGCGGCGGAAGAAAUGAUGUAAUAACAAAGGGAAAUCAAGCUGAGGACGAGGCAGCCAGAAAAGCGUCUGGAUGUACAUCAGUUGUCAUUGCUCCCCAGAUAACCUGCGAUCUGUUGAUCACAUUCUACUGGUUCUGUCUGGCAAAGGAGGAGUAGGAAAAAGCACCAUAACAACAGAGUUAGCCCUGGCACUGAGAAAUGCAGGGAAAAAGGUUGGAGUUCUGGACAUCGAUCUUUGUGGUCCUAGUAUCCCCCGGAUGCUGAAUGUUCUCAAUAGUGCUGUGCACCAGUGUGAUGCUGGAUGGGUUCCAGUUUACGUAGACACCAAUAAAACAAUGUGCUUGAUGUCAAUAGGCUUUCUCCUGGAGAGUCCAGAUGAUGCUGUGAUAUGGAGAGGGCCAAAGAAAACAGCUCUUAUCAAGCAAUUUCUCUCUGAUGUGGCAUGGGGAGAGCUUGACUAUCUCAUUGUAGACACACCUCCAGGAACUUCUGAUGAACACAUCUCAGUGGUGGAGGCCCUUCGCCAACAUAAACCUGAUGGAGCUCUGGUGGUUACAACACCUCAGGCAGUAUCUAUAGGAGAUGUAAGAAGGGAAUUGACGUUCUGUAAGAAAACUGGAUUACCUGUCAUUGGAAUAAUUGAGAACAUGAGUGGCUUUGUCUGCCCAAAUUGUUCGGAAUGCACUAAUGUAUUUUCCAGAGGAGGUGGGGAAGCACUUGCUGAGCAGUCCGGAGUUCCAUUUCUAGGAUGUGUUCCUCUAGAUCCUCAACUGGCACAUAGUCUGGAAGAAGGUAGAGAUUUCAUCCAAGCCUUUCCAAAGAGUGCAACCUUCGAUGCCAUUAAUAAAAUAGUGGAGAAGAUUUUAAGCAAUGAUAAUGAAUUCUCUGGACAUGAUACAUGACCAUAGAAAGAGGAAUGGGUUAUUUAGGUUCUCAAGCCUAUUUCUCCAUUAAGUGUAAUUAUCACUGACUCAUGAGCUAACUCCUUUACUUAGUAGCUCUUGAUUAUUAAAGAUGCACCAAAAUCUAUCAAUACUACAUUUAAAAUUACAGAUUGACCCAGAAGCAGCUAAUAUUUGUGGAGGAGGGUUUUAUACCUCUAUACUAUACAACAUUUGAAUGGCACAGUAGUGUAAGCACAAUGCAAUGUAGUACCAGUGACCUGAGUUCAAUUCCUGCCGCUCCCUGUAAGGAGUUUGUACAUUCUUCCUGUGACCAUGUGGGUUUCCUUUGGGUAUUCUGGUUUCCUCGUGUAGUCCAAGACGUACCAGGUGGUAGGUUAAUUGAUCAUUGUAAAUUGUCUCAUGAUUAGGCCAGGAUUAAAUUGGGGGAUUGCUGGGCGGUGUGGCUCGGAGAGCUGGAAGGGCUUAUUUGUGCUGUAUCUCAAUCAAUAAAUAAAUAAACAAACAAACAAACAAGUAAAGUGUAUACUAACAUUUACAAGAACUGCCUCUAAUUUUUAGAUGCAGUCUCAACUCCUAAGUGACGAGAUAGUUUUUCCCUGUAGGCAGCGUCAGUUGCCCUCUAAUAUCUUGAAAAGUUCAAAUCAAAUUUUCUCACGAUCCUUAACUUCCAGGGAACAUAAUCAUAGCUAAAAUAAAAAAAGGGCAGAAGAUUGUUUUUUGUAUAUUUAUAUUGGACAGCAGAAAUAGGAGAUUGGGGAACAGAAGCAUUAAAUAUACCCAUUCCUGAGAUAUGGUGACAAGAUGUCAAUAUUUAUUCCAGAAAUAUGUUUUAUAAAUAUGGAACAGUAUUGUCUUUGUGCUUAUUGAAAUGUGUAAAUAAAUAAAUAAAUAAAUAAAUAAGUUCUUUGUACCCUGUUAAUUUUGUGAAUGUGCAUGAAGAUCUGUAACCUGAUGCCCUUUAGUAAAGAGUGUCUGCAAUGGCGGACAUUGUGCUCUGAGUGCUAUCUUAAGGAGCUAUGUAUAGCUGUGUUGCCCAAAGAGUGCUUGAUUCAGGAGGUUAUCUGCUUGAACAGAACUAGCCUAAUAUUUUUUUAACAGCCAAUUUACCCUGUAGGACAUCAGUUCACACAGCAACUUGAGUUAUUUCAAUAUGGUGAGUUUAAGUAUAAACUUUAGGAAUUAAAGACAUAUUCUAGUUGAUUCCUAAUCAAUAAGUUUUCAACUCAAAUCUAAUGUUGCAAUUAAUAUUUUCCAUACUCAAGACCUGUAGCUGAAUGAAGUGCAUGUAAAAGUAGUAUGUUAUAUUAUAGACUGCCAUAUGCAUAUAUCCAAUUAAGAAUGCCACAUGUGACUGAGGAAUUCACUUUCACAAGGCAUGUUUUGAAAAUAAAAUUUAAUUUGUAUACAGUUGACCUUCCCUAAUCCAACUACCUGUAAUCCGGUUCCUUCGAUAAUCUGGCACUGAUUUCAAAUUUUCUGUGCAAUUGCAAUUUCAAAUUUCCUGGGCCACCAUACCAAUCUGCUGUGCAUUGUUUUGGUUGCGCUAUAUCUGUUCACGUGUUGGCGUGCUCUUGUAAGCACAGACAGGCGAUUCCUGCUUGUUUUCCUGCAUUUAUAAUGGCCUCAGUGUGCAAAGGAAAUGCACCUCAUGCUGUGAAGUGAAAACACCGCACACUGUCCAUUAAAGGUUGAACUCUUGAAAAAACUGGACAGUGGUGUAUCAGUGAAAAGCUUGUGUGAGUGUCACAACAUGCUCUUCCACAGUGUACGAUAUAAAGAAACAGAAAGAAAAACGGCUACAUUUUUUUGCUGAAAGUGGCUCAAAGAAACAGAUGUGAGUAAGAAAACAAUGAAAGACGUAAGAAUUUUGGAACUAGAUAAAGUGCUGAUCACAUGGUUUAAUCUUUGUGUAAGUGAAGGUGUUGAACUAUCUGGAGAUAGGGUGAAGGAACAAGCAAAAGUGUAUAAUGAAGAACUAGGACUAGAUUAUGAGUGUGACUAUAGUGAAAGCUGGCUUCAUCGUUUCAAGCAGCAUCAUGGCUUACAGUUUCAUGCAGUAUGUGGUGAAAAACGUUCAGCAGACAAGGAAGCAGCAGUAAAGUUUGUUGACGCCAAGUUAGUCUCCGAUGGAAAAAUUAAACCCCGAGCAGGUGUAUAAUGUGCCAGUUUCAGCACCAGUUCCUGAUGCUUCACUCAUUUUUCAAGAUGAAGAUGUUGAUGAUCCUGACAACCCCACACUUGCAGACAUGUAACUUUUCCUGAAGGUAUAUUAAACGUCUCACUUUAGAAGCAGAAGUGCUCAACUUUUCUGUAUAAGUUAAUUCCUGUACAUUUACCUGUACCCUUUAUUUUAUCUGUGCCUGUACAGUAUAUUACUUUAUUAAAAUUUUGCUUGCUACUCCUUU